AUGGCUUCUGUUUACAAGUCAUUAUCAAAGACCUCUGGUCAUAAAGAAGAAACCCCGACUGGUGUCAAGAAAAACAAGCAAAGAGUUUUGAUCUUGUCUUCAAGAGGAAUAACUUACAGACAUCGACAUCUCCUCAAUGACCUUGCGUCCCUACUUCCCCACGGUAGGAAAGAUGCGAAACUCGAUACCAAGUCAAAGCUUUAUCAAUUGAAUGAAUUGGCAGAAUUAUAUAACUGUAAUAAUGUAUUUUUCUUCGAGGCAAGAAAAGGAAAGGAUCUUUACCUGUGGAUGAGCAAAGCACCCAAUGGGCCCACCGUGAAGAUGCAUAUGCAAAAUUUACACACCAUGGAAGAGCUCCAUUUCACAGGAAACUGUCUCAAAGGUUCCAGACCCAUCCUCUCUUUCGAUGCCUCUUUCGACAAGGAACCUCACCUCCGUGUACUGAAAGAACUCUUUCUCCACAUCUUCGGCGUGCCAAAGGGUGCUAGGAAAUCGAAACCUUUUGUCGAUCAUGUCAUGGGAUUUACUUUGGCAGAUGGCAAAAUCUGGAUUCGAAACUACCAGAUCAGCGAGACAGAACCAUCGAGAGUCAAAGGUGCUGAAGAAGAAACUCCUACAAAAUCCAAAUCGAAAAAUUCGGGAAACAAGGAGACAGAAUGUAGCUUGGUGGAAAUUGGACCAAGAUUUGUAUUGACGCCCAUCGUCAUUCAAGAGGGAAGUUUUGGUGGACCGAUAAUCUACGAGAACAAAGAGUUUGUGUCCCCUAAUCAAGUCAGAAGCGAGAUCAGAAAGAAGAAGGCAGGGAGAUACAAUGCGAGGGCAGAACAGGGUAUCGAGAGACUGGCAAAGAAGGGUGAAUUGGGACUCAGAACAAAUGGAGGAAGACAGGCGCCAAAGGAUGCCCUGGAUAAUGCUGAGUUGUUUGCUUAG